AUGGCCGCGAAAUCAGACGGUACAGCCGUUUCUUUGCAGAAUGACAUUCCGCCGACGUGCCUCCCUGGGCUGGAGAAGCGCUCUCCCCAGUGGCGUCCCGUCGGGAAGGAGUAUUCGCUCCUGGACUGCUGCUGGACCCUCUGCGCCCUCUUGGUCUUUUUCUCGGACGGGGCUUCAGACCUGUGGCUGGCUGCCGACUACUAUCUCAGGCGGGACUACUGGUGGUUCGCUCUGACACUCGUUUUUAUCAUCAUUCCGUCUGUGGUGGUGCAGGUGCUCAGCUUCCGAUGGUUCGCGUACGAUUACUCCGACGCCAACGGGAGCGGCACGGCUGCGGCUGCCAUGGUAGCGGCGUCCAAUGCGGAGAGCCACUUCAGCACCAAGGACAGCGAUCAGCGGGGCGCUGGCCGCUCCGCUGCGGUCACCGGAUCCCGGAGCAGCGCUGAGAGCUGCUGCAGAGCCAGCGUGUGGCUCUUCCAAAGCGUCGUGCACGUUCUUCAGCUGGCACAGGUCUGGAGGUAUGUCCAUGCCUUAUAUCUGGGCGUGCAAAGCCGCUGGCGUGGGGACCACGAGCACAAACACUUCUACUGGCGUACGAUGUUUGAGAACGCUGACAUCAGCAUGCUGAGGUUGCUUGAGACCUUCCUGAAGAGCGCACCUCAGCUCGUUCUGCAACUCAGCAUUAUGGUCCAGACCGGCCAGGUCCUCCCUUUGCAGGGUUUGUCUGCGUCCGCCUCUCUAGUGUCUCUGGGCUGGAUGAUGGCGUCUUAUCAGAAGGCAUUACGGGACUCUCGUGAUGACAAGCUCCCAAUGUCGUAUAAAGCAGUGGUGGUGAGCAUGCUGUGGCACCUGUUCACAGUGGGAGCCCGCGCCAUGGCCUUCGCCCUCUUCGUUUCCAUUUUCCAGCUCUACUUCGGCAUUUUCAUCGUGGCCCACUGGUGCGCCAUGACCUUCUGGAUCAUCCGAGGUGAGACGGACUUCUGCAUGUCCAAGUGGGAGGAGAUCAUCUACAACAUGAUGGUGGGCAUCGUGUACAUAUUCUGCUGGUUCAGCGUCCGUGAGGGCCCCACGCGGUGCCGUCUGCUUCUUUACAGCCUCAUAAUCCUGGGUGAAAAUGUGGCCCUCACUGCCGUGUGGUACAUAUACCGCAGCCAGCGCUCUGCAGACUUUUAUGCCGUGGUGGUGGUGUGUGUGGUGGCCUGUAGCUACGCCCUGGGCACAUUUUUUAUGUUUGUCUACUACUGCCUGUUGCACCCUGAUGGCCCUGUGUCUGGGGCCUAUAUUGGAUGUUGCGACGUCCAGGUGGGUGCUGUUUCAGAUCCUUGUGUCUCAUCACCCACCUCCGCUCCUCCUCCUCUGGAUGCGGUGAGCAGCCCGCCGCGGACUCUGCAGAGGACUAAAGGAGGAGAGUCAGUACCAGGAGGAGACGUUGGAGAAGUUUUUAAGAUGCGGACCCUUAAGGCCUCGCGAACUGCCGCGCCUCGCCUCACCCCAAGGACAGAGGGGCCGGUAAUUCGUAUCGACCUUCCCAGGAAGCAGUACCCAGCCUGGGACGCCCACUUCAUUGAUCGCAGGCUGCGAAAGACCAUUUUGGUGCUGGAAGCCGCUUCUCCGGUCACACCGAGGAUCCAGUACCGCUGUCUAGGCACACUGAAGGAAGUGAUGGAAUAUGAGACGACAGUCUGAAACGUUUUAUGUGUUAGUGUGCAGAAAAGUCAGUUGCGUCCAGCUUUAUUUGGUGAAGAGGAAGAGUUUGUCAGAUCUCCACAUGACCCCUUAUUGACUCUUCUUGUCAUCUGUGGAAGCACAUG